CUUCUCGUGUUAUUUUGAAACCAAGAUCGUAACCGGAUGUGUUGUCAGACAUUUUCGGGCAACUGACGGCGGUGUCACUCUUGUCGCUCGCUGCUGGUGCCGCUUCUCUCUUCCGAAAAAAAAAAAAAAAGGUUUAACUCUCUUUAAACAGGCACCAGCGAGAGAAUUAAUCAGCCUGUUGGAUAUAAACUCAUCGAUUUGAGCGAACGCGUCCGAGGCGACUUGUGACUUCCAGGCAGCAGCCAUGUCGGGCUCCUACGACGGCUCCAUGAUCGACGUCUCCAGCGACAGCUUCUGGGAGGUGGGCAACUACAAGCGCACGGUGAAGCGCGUGGACGACGGCAACCGGCUGUGCAACGACCUCAUGACCUGCAUCCACGAGCGGGCGCGCAUCGAGAAAUCGUACGCGCAGCAGUUGAACGAGUGGGGCAAGCGCUGGAGGCAGGUCAUAGAGAAAGCGAGCCUUUCCCCUCCGCCAGGGCCCCAGUACGGCAUGCUGGAGCGGGCGUGGUCGUCUCUGUGCACAGAGGCGGAGAAGGUGAGCGAGCUGCACAUGGAGGUGAAGGCGGCGCUCAUGGGCGAGGACCACGAGAAGCUGAAGAACUGGCAGCGCGACGCCUACCACAAGCAGAUGAUCGGCGGCUUUAAGGAGACCAAGGAGGCCGACGACGGCUUCCGCAAGGCACAGAAGCCCUGGGCCAAGAAGCUCAAAGAGGUUGAGACCAUGAAGAAGUCGUACCAUUCCGCAUGCAAGGAGGAGAAGCUGGCGGCCAGCCGGGAGACCAACAGCAAGCUGGAGAGCAACAACAACCCCGAAACGCAGAAGAAGCUCCAGGAGAAGGUGGAGAAGUGCCAGCAGGAGGCACAAAAGACAAAGGAACGCUAUGAGAAGUCCCUGGAGGAGCUGGACAAGCUGACGCCUCAGUACAUGGAGAACAUGGAGCAGGUCUUUGAGCAGUGGCAGCAGUUUGAAGACAAACGCAUUCGCUUUUUCAAGGAGCUCCUGAUGGAGGUCAAGCAGCACUUGGACCUCUCCGCCAAUCACAGGUUCCAGGCAAUCUACCACACGCUAGAAGACACCAUCGCCGCCACGGACGCUGACGAGGACCUGAAAUGGUUCCGGUCCAAUCACGGCCCUGGCAUGCCCAUGAACUGGCCACAAUUUGAGAACUUGGACUGGUCCCGCGCUCGCUCCUUUAAGAGAAGGUCCAUUGUAGACUGGUCCAUAGACCUGAACCGGACGCUCAGCAGAAGGGGGACGAAGAAGCCCUCCGAGGGCGUCACGCUGACGGGCAUCAGUCAAACUGGAGCCGACCAACCUGUCCAGCCUCUCGAGACCAACGACAGCGGCGUGACCGCGCCUCCUAAAGCGGCGCCGGCGGGCUCCAACCCGUUCGACGAGGAUGGCGGCCAAGACGAAGAGGAGCAGGAGGCGCAGGUGGAGGCGGUGGAGGAGACUCCGCCCGCACGCAACCACAUCAGUGGGAAAACGCAGGACGUGAAAACCGUCAGCGGCGUGGCGAGGACCCCCGACUGGUCGGACGAGGACACGGCCGCCAACCCUUUCUCGGCCAACGGCGACGGCAACCCGUUCGAGGACGAGCCGACCUCGCCGGUGCUGUCGGUGCCGGUCCGGGCGCUGUACGACUACGAGGGCCAGGAGCAGGAUGAGCUCACCUUCAAAGCGGGGGAUGAGUUGACCAAAAUCGGCGAGGAGGACGACCAAGGCUGGUGCAAAGGCCGACUCAAGGGCGGGCAGAUCGGCCUCUACCCCGCCAAUUACGUGGAGGACAUCCAGUAAUGACCACAAGUGAGUAAAGUAGAUGGAGAACAAGGUGGCCGUGUCGCCACAGCGUCCGUGUUUAUGUGGAGUGGUCAGAGAGCGACAAGGACCCCGCCGAAAGGACCUCGUUAGAGCGUUACAAGAUGGAGGAUCACUCAAGUUUGGCAUUAAAAGACACUUGUUGAUGCUGUUGCAACCUCACACACACACACACACACACACACCAAUUUAAAUACAGUAAACACUGUGCCUGAUGAAACGUCUCGUUAAACGCAAGCCACGAUGGAUUUAAUUUAAUGUUAAAGGGAGACAUUGGGUGGGUGGUGUUGAUCACGUGACUACAGUCCAGUGGCGCCCUCACGUGGUUCACGUGGGGGGACGGCUGGGGGGGGCUCCUUUGGGCACUGCACUUGAAUGUAAACUCACUUAUUGUAUUGUGUUGCUCGAGUCUUUGCUGUUGUGGUACAUUCAACCACUGACCUAAUGAUAUGCAAUCCUCUGUACUUUUGAUUCUAGAUUGUAUUUUUUUCAUUAUUUUAUUUAAUUCAACACUGAAUAUUUUCCAGAAAGCUCGACACUCCACCUCAGUUUCAAGUUUGGGAUUUUUUUUCCCUUUUUCUUCUUUUAAAUGCAAUACAACAACAGCAACAUCUAGUAUUGUAUAGGUGCAUGUAAAUGACACAAAUUAAGCUUUGGAAUGGUAGAAAGUUGAUGAUUAUUAAUUUAUGAUGUCCUUAAGCGCUUUUUGUUCUCUUCCAAUGCGCUGACUGAGAAUCAGUUUGUACAAAAAUUGAAUGUUUUAUGUUUUCUUAUUUUCUGACAUGAUAUUUCCCCUUUCUGCAUGGGGCCAAUUAGUAAAUACUAUGUGAAUAAUUAA